AUGAAAAACUCCGAAAGAGGAGUUCCGUCAUCUCAAUGCGGGUCGUCGUCACACACGGCAGAGUACGAGCCUUUGACGGGACCCGAGACGCCAACCGAGAUGCAACCUGGCGACAUCCUCAUCGACGACGACACCGCCAGUUCCCAAGAUGACUCAGAUGCGCCGCCAUUUUCCUGGGUCGACUAUGGCGUCUUUGGCUUCUUGGGCAUGGCCAUGCUCUGGGCGUGGAACAUGUUCCUCGCCGCCGCGCCGUACUUUGAGUCCCGCUUCCAGGGCAGUCCGUGGAUCGAAGCCAACUUCCAGCCCACCAUAAUGACCGUCUCGACGGCCACCAGCCUCGCCGUUGUCCUCACCCUCACCAAGCUGCAGCGCGCCGCCUCGUACCCGUUCCGCAUCGCCUGCGGCCUGAUCAUCAACGCCGCCACCUUCGCCCUCCUCACGACCUCGACGACCGUCGCCCUCGGCGCCUCCCCGCGCGCCUACUUUGCCUUUGUCCUCGCCAUGGUCGCCGCCACGUCCGUCGCCACCGGUUUAUUACAAAACGGCGCACUCGCCUUUGCUGCGGGAUUCGGUCGCCCCGAGUACAUGCAGGCGCUCGUCACGGGCCAGAGCGUCGCCGGCGUCCUCCCGGCGCUGUCCGAGCUCGUCAGCGUGCUGGUGUUCCCGGCCCGCCGGGAGCGUCGCGCCGCUGCUGCCCCCCCCGCACCGCGCGCUGAGGGCAAGACGUCGGCAUUUGUCUACUUUUUGGCAGCCGUCGCAAUCUCCGUCGUCGCCAUGGUGGCCAUGGUCCCGCUGGUGCGGCACCACAAGCGCAACACAGAGUACCGUGCGCUGAACCAAGCAGACGACGACGACGACAACGACAUCACCGCCGCUGCCUGCGACGAGGAUGGCGAGGCCCUUCGCAAGGCCGUUCCCAUGAGCGUGCUCUUCGCAAAGCUCCAGUGGCUGGCCUCAGGCAUCGCCCUCGUCUUCAUCACCACCAUGUUCUUCCCCGUCUUCACGGCCAAGAUUCGCUCCGUCAACGAGCCCAGCUCCGAUACCGCAGCCCCUAGCGGUGGCAGCGCCAUCUUCGGCCCGGACGCAUUCAUCCCGCUCGCCUUCUUCUUCUGGAACCUCGGCGACUUUGGCGGCCGCCUGUCCACCGCGCUCUCCGCCGGCCGCGGCCUCGGCGCCAACGCCGGCCACGGCCACGGCGGCCGCCCCCGGCUGCUCUUUAAACUCGCGGCGCUCCGCGUCGUCCAGCUCCCGCUGUACCUGCUCUGCAACAUCGGCGGCCGCGGCGCCGCCGUGCCCAGCGACGUCUUUUACCUGCUGCUUGUACAGGCCCCGUUUGGCUUUACGAACGGCUGGCUGUGCUCGCGGCUGAUGACGUCGGCGGGCAGCUGGGUCGAGGAGAGCGAGCGCGCGGCGGCCGGCGGCUUCAUGGGCCUGUGUCUGAUGGUUGGUCUCGCGGUGGGUAGCGUUCUGAGCUUUUCAAUUACGGGCAUCUAA